AUGGCGGAGGACGGUUCUAAGGCAGAGGAAUCGCCCAUCACUUUCCAUGUCAAAUCCUCAAAUGAUGUCAAAUACACUCUGACACUGGAUCCGUCGACCACUAUUGGUGAUCUCAAAGCAAAACUAGCUGGUGCAGACUAUGCUGACGUACCGGCAGAACGACAACGUCUAAUCUAUUCUGGUCGAGUACUCAAGGAUGGCGAUACGCUAGCUACUCACAAAGUGAAAGAUGGCCAUGCCAUUCAUCUUGUAAAGAGCGCCGUGCAACGCCCAACUCCCACAUUUCAAGGCUCAAACACCGCAUCCGGGGACAGGCCAGCGCAGGCCCGCACACUGGCGGCUAACGUGCCUACCAACAUCGCUGCCGGCACAGGAAAUAAUCCUCUAGCAGGGCUCACAGGCGCGAGAUAUGCUGGAUUUGCGCAGUUGCCAGGUGCUGGGAUGUUUGGACCCGACGGUGGCAUGGGACCACCUCCAGAUUCAGAAGAGAUGAUAAACAUGCUUGAAAACCCUCAAUUCCAGUCAACGAUGAAUGAAGCAUUGCAAAACCCUCAACUUGUUGAUUUGAUGAUUCAACAAAACCCAAUGCUGCGGGAAAUGGGACCGAGUGUUCGCCAAAUGAUGCAGUCCCCAGCAUUCCGCCGAAUGUUGACAGACCCGAAUGCCAUCCGCCAAAUGACGCAAAUGCAGAGAGCUAUGGGGUUGGAUCGUGGCGGAGGGUUUGGCGGUGGCAGCGCAUUUCCCGCCCCUGGAAUAACGAAUACGACACCCGAGGAAAAUCGUAGUAGCCAAAAUGAGAACCCAUCUGCAACUGCCACCAACGAUACCCAAAAUCUAUUCAAUAUGUUUGGUAUGCCAGGCGCUCAAGGAGGUGGUGCCGCUGCAAAUCCAUUUGCCGCUCUCUUCGGUGCCCCUCCCCCAUUUGGCGCAAUGCCUCCUUUACAAACGCCAGCUGGCGAUAACAAUAAUACAGGAACAACUCAGGAGGGAACUACUGGAUCUAACCCACCACCAAACCCGUUCGCAUCAUUAUUUAACCCUGCACUCUUCGGCCAACCUGGAGCCAAUCCAACCAACCCAAAUCAACAGCAACAGCAGCAACAACAACCCCAAAACCCCUCCAACCCCUUCUCAAACCUACAAAACAACCCAUUCCUCCAAGACCCCGCUCUGCUCUCACAGAUGUUACAGUUGAUAGGCGGCGGUGGCCAAAUCCCUGCGGCCGGCACAGAUCCAGGCGCCAACGCGCUUGCAGCCCUACUUAGGGGCCCAGGCACCAGUAGCCCAGCUCCUCAAGAUACCCGACCACCGGAAGAAAUAUAUGCGGAGCAACUACGGCAACUAAACGAGAUGGGCUUUCAUGAAUUCGAGCGGAACGUUGAGGCGUUGAGAAGGACAGGUGGGAGUGUGCAGGGAGCUAUUGAAUAUUUACUUUCGCAUCCAUCAUGA